UUUUUUUUUAUUUUAUUUUAUUUUAUUUUAUUUUUUCUUAGUUUUAUUUUUUAUUCGAGAUUAACUGAAUGUCCAAUAAACUUCGGCAAAGACGUGUCGAAACAACUGGAGCUUCACCAGAAAAGUUUUCUGAUGUAGAUUAUGAUGACUCCAAAAAGUACGGAAAGGAGAUCGUCCCCGUAGAAACAGCAAUCACAGGUCAUAAAAUUGCCUUUACUGUCUUAACUCUCCUUGGAUUCUUUAUUACCUUUUAUAAGAUUUGGAAUCCCGCUGAAGUUGUAUUCGAUGAAGUACAUUUCGGCAAAUUUGCAGGCUACUACUUACGCCGUACGUAUUAUUUUGAUGUUCACCCUCCUUUGGCCAAGCUUAUGAUCGCUGGUGCUGGUUAUCUCUUAGGUUUUGACGGCCAUUACGAUUUUGCUAAUAUUGGUGAUAACUAUGUAGAUCACCAAGUACCUUACAUCGGCUUACGCGCUCUUCCUGCUACCCUUAACGUUAUAUCAAUAGGGUUGAUCUAUCAAAUCAUGAAGGAGUCUGGCUAUGCAUUACUUGUCUGUAUACUUAGUACAGCAAUGUAUAUUUUUGAUAACGCGAUGGUCACACAAAACCGACUGAUCUUGCUAGAUUCUAUGUUAGUUGUUUUUAUGUUGGCCACAAUUUAUUGUUAUGUAAAGUUUAGAAAAUUAAGGCAUGUGUCAUUCAGUAUAGAAUGGUGGGGAUGGUUAACUUUGACAGGUGUUUUUAUGGCCCUUACUGUUAGUGUUAAGAUGGUGGGUCUUUUCUUGGUCGCGUUAAUCGGCUUAUCUGUCAUUUAUGAUUUAUGGAUGCUUUUGGAUAUUAAACGAGGAUUAACAAUGAAUCAAUUUAUGAAACAUUUUUAUGCUCGUGCAUUCAGUCUUAUUUUUGUACCUACAGUUAUUUAUCUUUUUUGGUUUUAUGUUCAUUUUGCUAUUCUAAAUGAAUCUGGUCCUGGUGAUGAUUUUAUGUCAACCCGUUUCCAAGAUACACUUAAGAACAGUCCAUUAAAAAUGGCUGCAUUAGAGGUCCACUAUGGUGAUGAAAUUACUAUUAAACAUAAAGAUACAAAUGCUUAUCUUCAUUCGCAUGAUUUACAUUAUCCUCUUAGAUAUGAAGAUGGACGUAUAAGUAGUAAAGGACAACAAGUGACAGCAGUUCUCGAACCUAAUGAAAACUGUUACUGGCGUAUUAAGCCUGCUAAAUCUGAAAAUAACACUAAUGAUGAUGAACCUCAUCUUGUCAAAAACGGAGAUAUUAUUCAAUUAGAACACGUUGUAACAGGCACAAAUCUCCUAACGCAUGAUGUUGCCUCACCCUAUAUGCCAACAAAUGAAGAAGUCACGACUGUUCCACUAGACACACGUUACGAUGAAACACUCUUCAAGAUUAUUUUUGAAAGCGAUAAUAAUGAUAUUUUAGAAACACACAUGACUUCCUUUAGACUUAUCCAUGAGGAUACUAAAGUUGCUGUUUGGGCACAUAACCAAAAAUUACCUGAAUGGGGUCUUGAACAACUUGAAGUGAAUGGCAAUAAAAAUGCAGUUGAUAAGACCAAUUAUUGGAGUGCUCAAGAUAUCAAGGGCAAGAAUGCUACAUUGAUUAAUGCACAUAAGGCGAAUAAAGAACGAGGUCAUAUGCCUUUCAUUAAAAAGUUUAUAGAAUUACAAGGCCGUAUGAUUUCACAUAAUGCGGGACUUACAAAGCCUCAUCCUUAUCAGUCUACUCCUAUUACUUGGCCAUUUAUGGUACGUGGUGUCUCCUAUUGGUCCCAUGAAGAAAGCCGCUCACAGAUUUACCUGACAGGUAACUUGUUUGGUUGGUAUUUAUCUGUGGGUGGUUUGGCUGUCUUUGCAGGCAUUUUGUUAGCUGAUGUAUUAGCACGACGUCGUGGAAUUGAACCCAUUGAAGAGCCUGUCCGUCAUCGUUUCAUUCAAUCAGCGGGAUUCUUUGUUGUUGGUUGGGCCUUACAUUACUUUCCAUUUUUCUUGAUGGGACGUUCAUUAUUCUUGCAUCAUUAUUUGCCUGCUGCAACAGUAAACUAUUUAGUUCUCGGUGCUAUGUAUCAAUUCAUAUUUGUAGAUGGUAUUGAUUGUCCUGUGUCCAUUGGUGGACGUGGUAGAAUCACAAGAGCAGAAGUCACAUGGAAGUUAUAUGCUGCAGUAAUAGUAACAGUCGCGUUACAAGUCGCUAUGUUUAUCUAUUUAGCUCCAUUAACAUAUGGUUUACCCAUGACAUUAGAACAAGUUCAAAAUCAUCAAUUACUGAGUGGAUGGAAGUUGCAAUAUGCCAAAUAAAUUAUAUCUUUUUUACAUGCAUUAAAAUAAAA